UGUGUGUGUGUGUGUGUGUAUGUGUGUGUGUGUGUGUGUGUAUGUAUGUAUGUAUGUAUGUAUGUUUGGUCUGGACCAGCUUCUGCCAGCCCCUGGCCUUUUACUUUCUUCCUUGCCUAUGCAGGGCAAACAAAAUGUGAAAUUCUGCCCUCAGCUGAGCUGAGUAAGGGCUCCUGGGGGUUGGCUGGAGAUGGGUGUGGCAUCUGUCCAGGCCUCGAACAGCCUCAAGACAGUGCUGGCAAAGCUGCAGUAUUGAGAUGCUAAGGAGUUGAUGCCACCUCUUUGUCUUCCCCUGAAGGAGAACAUGGGGAUAAUAAGGGUGUGUGCCCACAACACUCUAGGUGCAGAGCCCCUGUGGCACAGUAUUAGAGGGUGUGAGUGGGAUUACCCUGAAGUGGGGAUUUUAAUGAUGGAAGCAGGCAGAGCCUGGUGGGUGAUUCUGUCAACAGAAAAUUGCAAUCAUGCAGGGGCUGGGAGGGUUAGGAUGAAAAUGUGGGGCCAUUGGAGGCCCACUGUGGGUGGGAGGGAGCUGAUUUUGGGGUGGGGGUGGGACAAGAGGGCAAUACUGAAGGGGUUAAACAGGUUUUUGCUCUUCAUGCAUUUGUUUGCCUGGGCCCAGGAUUGGAGGGCUUCACACCAAUACCCUGUGUAUACAAGAAUCAAGAUUUAUAAUACUUCCCCUUUUUUGUUACGUAUGAACACUAUAAACCAAAUUAUUUUGAAAACUGGUGCAUCACCUUGUUCUUAGCAAUAAAAUGUGUUGAGCAGAGGAUUGGCUGGCUGCCCCAAGGAGCCCAGGUGGGGGUAUCUCCAGACUUGGGUUUUGGAGCAGGGCUGUGAAUUAUAAGACACAUCAGUAAGGCAGUCUCUAUUAAGUUCCAGAGUGGGUCCUUUCCUUGUCAAGCUCUGUAUUAGGCCAAGUAUGGUGGGUCAUGGGGAACAGGGGCACUUCUGGCUCUGAGUACCUCUUUGUUGUGCUUCCUCUGCCUUAGAGUUGGGCAGGAUGAGGUAACAGAAAGCACCAGACCAAUGAGUUUUCUAAACAGAGUAGCUCACCGCUGCCCCAUUUGAGGUAUCUUCAUUGAGCUGGCCUAAGUUCACGCCAGCAUCUGUGUUCUAUACAAAUUGUGGGACCAGUGUGAAGGGUGGGGUGCAUUUUAUUUAGCUGCUUGAGAAGCAAGGGACUCAACCUCCAGUGGGAUCCUAAGAUUGCUCUCCAAGCUGUCUAGUUGGUGAGAAACUUCCCUGGAAGAAGACCCAGUCCCCUUUGCCUGGUGGGUCCCUGAGUUCAAAGUGUACAAAGAUGGGAGCCAUAGAGCAGGGAGGGGCAAUGAAGAGGUGCAGGACCUGGGUUCCCUGAAACUGCUCCAGCUGGCUCUUGGACAGCCAGGCACUUCCUGUGGCAUGGCCCUGUCCAGGUGCAGGAGAGGCUUGGGUCAGCUCAGCUAUUCUGGAUGCUUAUGUCCCCGGGGGUUGUGAGGUGGUUGCUACUUGGAAUCUCAUUGUAGAGAAAGGGAGGUCCAGGAGGUGAUGCUUUUCUAUGUCAGCUCCCUCCUGGGGCCCAGAGAGGGAAGCUGACUUUUUUUUUUUUUUUUUUGCCCACACUUCACUGGGAUUCCCAGGGGAUGUAGCAGGGGAGGGUGGGCAGAACCAGGCCUUAAGAGGAUUGGUGAGAGAGCACAAUCCACUAAUCCAUACGCCUUUGGAAGAGGAACACUUCACUGGCCUUUUUACAAAGGGUCCCUGCCUCUUGACCUCACUGCUUCCAAGGGUUGGUGCCGGGUUUAAUCUCAGCAGAGUUCUUAUUUAACAGCUGACCAGUUUUCCAGUAACUGCACUUUUUAUUAAUAACUCUUAGGAAGCUGAAAUUCAGUUGAUCCAAAUCAUGCAGACCGGCCUGUUAUCUCCCUUACUGGCUGCAUAUGCAGUCAGGCCGAUCUUAGAGAACUGGCCCCAGUCAAAGGCCGUACUUCCCGGCCUGCCAGCCCCUUCCUGCCUUAGGCAGCUCUUCCCAGAAGCCUUUUUGUUAGGGCAAACUUUCUUCCCUUAGUAAGAUAGGGCUUUUGGAUCCAAGGUUGUAGUUUAGAGACCUCCACCCAGACUUUGUUGAGGAAUUAAGUUUGAAAUUCUGCUCCAUGGGGAUAAAGCCAGGGCUCUGCCGCAGGAAUGAAAAAGUGGGGUGGGAAGGGUGCAAAGUGUAUGUGGGGCUUGGAGGCCCUGUGCCGUGCCCGGACUAAAAAUGUUCUGUUAGUCUCUGAAGUUAACGCUCACCUUCGUGCCCCUUACCCACCAGGGUCCCCGGAGGUCCGAAGCUCUCGACCUCAGUGAGCGGACUGGCUGCGCUCAUGACCUGGAGGGCGAAAAUAAGGCGUCCCUCGGCGUGAAGUGGCCGUGACCACCCUAGCACUUUCCCUUCCCCCGCGCGGGCAACGAAACAGGCCCUCCAGGGGACUGUGCGUCCCUCUGGGUCGUGAAGCCGGGGGAGUAGGGUUCCUCUAGACUACCCGACGUGCCUGGGAAAGCCAUACGCGCCGAGCCUCACGCUCCACACUUCCCCCAGCAGUGGUCCCGCUGUAGGCGGGAUGGGCGGGCCGGCAAAUCCGCGGCUCCUGCGCUAUUGGGCCGCUCGGGGCAACGCAGCUCCGCAUUGGUCAAGCCCUUGCUCCGCCCGGCUUGCGCGCGCCCAUUGGUCGCAGGCGCCCGACCGGGUCGCAGCCGCGCGCUCCGCCCGCCGCUGCGUCCCCACUAUGGCGGCGCCCAUGGAGCCCAUCGCGUCGUGGGCGCCCGCCGGGGUCCCCCGCGGCUGUCGCCGCUCCCUGCGCCGCCGCCUCCGCCUUCCUGCCCCGCGUCGGGCCGGGCGCCACCUACGCCCUGUCUCCCUCUCUGCUGUGGUCAUGUAGGAAAUCGUAAAUCAUGUGAAGAUGGGACUCUUGGUAUUUGUGCGCAAUCUGCUGCUAGCCCUUUGCCUCUUUCUGGUACUGGGAUUUUUGUAUUAUUCUGCGUGGAAGCUACACCUACUCCAGUGGGAGGAGGACUCCAAGUAUGAUCGAUUGGGCUUCCUCCUGAAUCUGGACUCUAAGCUGCCUGCUGAAUUAGCCACUAAGUACGCAAACUUUUCAGAGGGAGCUUGCAAGCCCGGCUAUGCUUCAGCCUUGAUGACGGCCAUCUUCCCCCGGUUCUCCAAGCCAGCACCCAUGUUCCUGGAUGACUCCUUUCGCAAGUGGGCUCGAAUCCGGGAGUUUGUGCCGCCUUUUGGGAUCAAAGGUCAAGACAAUCUGAUCAAAGCCAUCUUGUCAGUCACCAAAGAGUACCGCCUGACCCCUGCCUUGGACAGCCUUCGCUGCCGCCGCUGCAUCAUCGUGGGCAAUGGGGGCGUUCUUGCCAACAAGUCUCUGGGGUCACGAAUUGACGACUAUGACAUUGUGGUGAGACUGAACUCAGCACCAGUGAAAGGCUUUGAGAAGGACGUGGGCAGCAAAACGACACUGCGAAUCACCUACCCCGAGGGCGCCAUGCAGCGGCCUGAGCAGUACGAGCGUGAUUCCCUCUUUGUCCUCGCUGGCUUCAAGUGGCAGGACUUUAAGUGGUUGAAAUACAUCGUCUACAAGGAGAGAGUGUCCUGGACGCACAAUAUCCAGCGAGAGAAAGAGUUUCUGCGGAAGCUGGUGAAAGCUCGUGUCAUCACUGAUCUAAGCAGUGGCAUCUGAGUGGGCCCAGCACACGGCCAUAGAGGCCAAGCACCACCAGGAGCAAGCAGCAGCCAGCGCCACCUAAACAGGAGUCUUCAGACCCAGAGAAGGACAGUGCCAGGGCCCCAGGGGCAGCGAGGCCUCGGUGGAGCAGCCAGAGCUAUGUCUGUUCAGCAGCCAGCCUCAGAGACCAGCACGCAGCCCCUCUCAGCCUGGGUCCUUGACGCCAGAGGGCCAGCAGGCUACUGGCUGUGCCCAGCAGGCCUAGCACGCAGGCGGUGGGACACUGGGCAGCAAGGCUGCUGCCGGAACCACUUCUCCAAUCAGUGUUUGAUGUAUUAUCAUUUUGUGAAUUUGGGAAGGGGGGAGGGUGGGGAUAAUUUAUUUUUAAAUAAGGUUGGAGAUGUCAAGUUGGAUCCACUUGCCAUGCAGGAAGAGGCCCACUAGAGGGCCCAUCAGGCAGUGGUACCAGUGAGCUCCCUGUGGGGCAGGAGUGCCAUGACCGGCCUGUACCCUC